UCUUAUAAGGGGUCCCUUCAUCAGCUGGACUGGUAUCUUAUUUAGGAAUCAGAUGGAAGCAUUCUCUGUCACAUAGUCCUGGAUCCGUGAGCAGCACUCAAUCCUAAAAACUAAACUUACCCUUGGUUAAAUCGCUCAUCUGAACUCGGAGAAUGAUAAAGAAAUUGUUGCUUGGGUGUCUGUGUGGAGGUGCCGUUUUUACUAUAGGCAUCCUAAUCGGCCACUAUGGUAUCGCAAAGAGCAGCGACUCUGCACCGUCCUGGGUGAAGGAUGUGGCAAAGGAUGUGGAUGAGAGCCUUAUCCAACAGUUCUUGUCUGAGGUGGAUAACGUCAACAUUCAGGAAAACCUGAGGGAGUUGACUAAAGUGCCGCAUAUGGCCACCACAGAAGGAGAUGAAAAAACUGUGGAUUUUUUGCUGAAGAGAUGGCAAGACUCUGAAACUGGUCUGGAUCAAGCUUGGAGAGAGGAAUAUAAGGUCUAUCUUUCCUUCCCUGACCCCAGUAAACCCAAUAAAGUCACUGUAGUGAAUCCAUCUGAGACGGUACUACACACUGUGAGAGAAAAAGAGAAGCCUUACACUCCAGACCAGGAAGAUCCCUCAGUGGUUCAGCCAUAUGCUGCAUAUUCUCCUGCAGGACACCCGAGGGGGAAACUGGUUUACGCCAAUCAGGGGAAACCAAGUGACUACCAUCAUCUCAAUCAGACAGUGGACCUCAGAGGAACCAUUGCUAUUACCAGAUAUGGUGGUGCAGGAAGAGGAGCUAAAGCCAUCAAUGCAGCACCCUACGGUGUCGUUGGCGUGCUUGUUUACACAGAUCCGAGGGACAUCAAUGAUGGUCUCAUGUCAGACAGCAGCGAGACGUAUCCUCACUCCUGGUACCUCCCGCCCUCUGGUGUGGAGAGAGGUUCCUUCAGCAGUGACUUUGGAGACAAGCUCACACCCUACCUGGCUGCCAAAGAGGACACCUACAGAAUCCCAACCUCGAAUAUUACUGGGAUCCCUCCCAUUCCAAUUCAACCAAUUGGGUUUGAGGAUGCCUACAUAUUAAUCUGUGAGUUGGGUGGAGAAGCAGCUCCAAGUGAAUGGCAGGGGGGAUUCAACUGUACCUACAAUUUUGGUGGUCCAGGUUUCAAACCUACAUCUGCUUUCAACGACAGUGAAGUCAAACUGGAUGUCUACAAUUACGAAACACAGGUAAACUCCUCAAACGUGAUGGGUGUUAUCAAGGGAAGUGUUGAGCCAGAUAGGUAUGUGAUGUAUGGGAACCACAGGGAUAGCUGGGUUCAUGGUGCCAUCGAUCCAAGCAGCGGGACAUCAGUGAUGCUGGAAAUUACCAGAGUGCUUGGCAGGAUGGUCAAGCAGGGCAAAUGGAGGCCUCGGAGAUCCAUCAUCUUUGGAAGCUGGGGAGCAGAAGAGUUUGGCCUUAUUGGGUCUGCAGAAUACACAGAGGAAUACUUCACUAAGCUUAGUGAACGCACUGUUGCCUACAUUAAUGUGGACAUAGCUGUCUUUGGCAACACCACCCUGACUGCUGCAGGGAUGCCAUCGUUGCAGGAUGUCAUUUUCAAAGCUACAAAACAGGUCAGUGCACCUGGACAAGGCUCCACAUCUGUGUACGACAACUGGAUACGUCACAACAACAGAACGAGCCCGACCCAUGGCACUAUCCCCAGUGUUUGGCAUCUAACUGGAGCAGGAAGUGAUUAUGCUGCCUUUGUUCAUUACCUGGGAAUUACUUCCAUGGAUCUGUCAUACACAUUUGACAGGACUAAAUCAAAUGCUCGGACUUACCCUGCUUACCACACUGCGUAUGACACUUUUGACUAUGCUUCAAAAUUCAUCGAUCCUGGAUUUGUCAGUCAUCAAGCUGUUGCCAGGACAGCAGGAAAUAUCCUGAUCCGAUUGGCUGACAGUCUGGUGUUGCCAUUCAGCUGCGCUGACUAUGCUGAGAGUCUGGAGGACUACCUGAAAACAGCAGUGACUUCAUACCAGGAGCAACUUCAAGCUGAGAAAAUCUCCAUGGAGCCGCUUAAGCGUGCCGUCGCCAGCUUUCGUAAAGCAGCUGAUCAUCUAAACCAGGUGAUUCAAAGCUCAGACCUGGCAAAGGAAACGCCACUGAAGGUCAGAAAGAUUAAUGACCAGCUAAUGUUGAUGGACCGAGCUUUCUUGAAUCCUCUUGCCUUCCCGGAUAAAUAUGGAUUCAGACAUGUCAUCUGGGCUUCAAGUAGUGCUGGCAAACCAACCUUCCCAGGUCUAGCAGAUGCCUUUGCUAAUGCUGAGUCAUCGGGACAGUCCAGCGACUGGGAAAAAGUGCACUACCACUUGUCAGUGUUGAGCCAAGCCAUUGAAGGUGCCACCAACAUGCUGGUUGAUGUCAUAUAGGCACAACUGAGGAGCGAUGAGCUGCACACACCCAUCUUAUGUGAGAAGACUCGGGGAGUAUUUACAAGCUACAACGUGAUUGAUGCGGUCUUCUGUUGGUGCAAAAUUAAAGGGAUUUCAAUUAAAAUGUGCUUUGUCAUCAAAGCUUA